AAGAAGAAGCAGGAAGUAAACAAAAGUAUUGCGAAAUUUUCUUACCGGUUUAUUUUUGUAUAUUUCAACGCCUUUGCAAUGCAAAUAAAAUCCAAAAAUAGUUCAGAAACCCACCGAAUGCAGGAACAGGCUGCAAAUGAGGCGCGCAUCACGCAGAUUGAGGAGUUUAUCAACGAAGUCCUGAAGGAGGACCUCCGGCAGCUGGAAAAGUGCAUCGGUCAGUUCAACGAGGAGAUCAUGGAGUACGUCCAGCUGAAGAACACCCUGCAGACCUUCGACACCCAUUUGCCGGAGGGCUAUAAGACGCAGGUGAACAUCGGCAGCAACAUAUUCAUGCAGGCACGUGUCCGCAAGAUGGACAGCAUCCUGGUCAACGUGGGCAAGGAUAUAUACUUGGAGAUGACCAUUCCGGAGGCAGAACGCUUCAGCGACACCCGCGUCAAGAUCCUGACCAAGCAAUCCGAUGUCCUGCGCGAGGAGAGCGUCAAGAAAAGGGCCCAAAUCAAGAUGGCAUUGAUAGCAAUCAGUGAAAGAGCAAAACUCAUCCAACAGGAUGAUGGGAAAUAGCAGGAACUCCUCAAAAUUGAGGAUAUGAAACCAAACCCUUGAUGCUCUUUAAGUGCAUAAGUAGCUUUGUUGGUUAUUUAUUUUUGUGUACCUACAUAGAAUAGUAAAGUACUGAAACACUUAUAAAAACGUUGAGUUUAUGGUACCAAAAUGUUCGCAAUAUAUUUCUAUAUACAGACUUUGCAA